GCUAACCGGCAGGAAACAGUCUUUUGCUUCCUCGGUAUUUGCAUCGGCGGCGAGGCAUCAAUCACUGCCCGCUUUAGCACCACCUAACCGGGCGGACAGAGGUCGACCACCGCAGGCAGGCAGGCAACACAGGCAUCGCAGCUCAGCGCAGCGCAGAGGCAGAGGCAACACGUAUCUCAAAAUGUGGCCGAGAGUCGCGGCAGCCAGCGCGCUGCUGCUCCUUCAGGGGGGCGCCGUCGCUCAAGACUGCGCCUACACCGUGAGUGUAUUGGACGUGCCGGGCGUGCAGUGCGUGUCGGCGGCGCCGUGCUCCGGCACGUACUACGCGUCGGGGCUGUCCCAGGGCGUGGGCGCGUGCCCGUCGGGCUCGAGCUGCGCGCUGCUGCCGCAGACGCCCAUCAUGGGCUGCGCGGCGGCGGGGCGCACGGACCUCAUCUACGUGAACGCGGACGGCACGCUGACCAAGGACGGCAAGUCGGUCACGCUCCCGGACGCGACGACGACCACGACGACGACCAGUACCACGGCGCCGUCCACCACUAGCAGCACGACGAGCAGCACCGCCAGCUCCAAGAGCACCGCUAGUAGCACUAGCAGCAGCACUAGCAGCACGACGGGGAGCAGCAACGGCUCCAAGAGCACCAGCAGCUCGUCCAAUGCGAACGGCAGCAACAGCAACGCGAGCUCCGGCUCGAGCUCGAACGCGAACGCCAACUCGGACGGGGGCUCGGACGCGUUGACCGACAGUAGCAACUCGACCGUCUCGUCGGACUCGGCCUCGCACUCGGCUUCGAACUCGAACUCCAACAGCUCGGACAGCUCGUCGUCCGCGUCCAACUCGUGGUCGUCGUCCGACUCGACGGCGGGCAGCAUUGUGUCGCCCGGCAGCAGCUCGGCCAACCAGCAGUCGUUCAACCCCGGCUCCAUCCUCAGCGACAGCUCGAGCACCGUCAGCAACGGCUCGGAUAGCGGCAUCAGUCUCACCGCCAUCAUCUGCAUCGUCGUCGGCUGCUUAGCGGUCGUAGCUAUCGCAGCCGGCGCUCGGCUGCUGCAAAAGGGCAAGGAGGCCGAGGGCGAGCUCACGACGCCCGAGGGCGCUGCCAUGGAGGGCUACAACGGCGGCGAGGGCGGCGGCAGCGGCAUGACUCCCAAGGAGAACGUGCUGCUGCUCUAAGUUAUGGCCGAAGGGAAUACAGGGUGACUGACUACUGUGCAAACAAAACUUUUUGAUCAUGGGGCAAGCGUUUGAGUGCGUGAACCUGGUGGAGAACAAACAAGUACAUGGGGCGCGGUGCAAGCAAGGCAAGGCAAGGAAGGAGAGCAAGCGGAGAAGGAAUGGCGUUGUGUGUGUUUUGGUGUCGUCGUGCAUAGAAGCAUGGAGCUGUGAGCGUUGGCGAGGCGGAGAGAGGUGGUAGCAUGUGAAUAGUAGCUCUCUGCUCUUCAGAAUCGGUCUCGAUCCAUAUACACGUGCGGCGGCGCGCAACGCCGUCUUAGUAAACUGCACCCCGGACUGACAGCAAAGCGCUGUAUAGCAUUAUUUU